GGCCGAGCAAGUCCAUAAUAAGGUUAAUGGCUCUCAUGGACAUCCCCUAAUCGCUCCACCUCCGCUUGCCGGAACUUAAGAAACUAUGCUCUGAGCGUUUGCCAUCGAAAUCAAGUACCAACAGCUCCAAGAACCAGAGAUACGGCGUGUGAAAUGUCUUCUGGUAUGAAAAUCAUAGAAGAGCAGCAGAAACCGAUUGAGAAGCUGCAGAUUUAUCCAACAUCUAGCUCUGGUGUUUCCUCUUUCUGGCGAGAGAAGUAUGAAAGAGAUGCUAAAAAGUACUGGGAUAUAUUUUACAAGCAUCAUGGAGACAGGUUUUUCAAAGACCGGCACUAUUUGGACAAGGAAUGGAAUAGCUAUUUUUCCGCCAGCGAAAAAAAAGUCAUUCUUGAGGUUGGCUGUGGAGCUGGAAAUACUAUCUUUCCGUUGAUUGCCAUAUAUCCACACAUUUUCGUUUAUGCAUGUGAUUUUUCACCACGCGCCGUUGAUUUAGUCAAGGCUCAUGAUGAAUACACGGAGACGCGCGUGUGUGCAUUUGCUUCUGACUUGACCCGGGAUGGUCUUGAGAAGCAUAUUUCUCCAUCUUCAGUUGAUAUUGUGACAAUGAUAUUUGUUUUAUCUGCGCUAUCCCCAGAGAAGAUGCCUUUAGUAUUGCAGAACAUUAGGAAAGUACUUAAGCCAAACGGGUGUAUACUCUUCAGGGACUACGCUGUUGGUGAUCUUGCUCAGGAAAGGUUUUCUGGGAAGGAUCAGAAGAUCAGCGAGAACUUUUAUGUCAGAGGUGAUGGCACUCGUGCAUUCUACUUUUCUAAUGAAUUCCUAGAAACUCUGUUUUUCGAACAAGGCUUUGAAGUUGAGGAGAUUGGUGUUUGCUGCAAACAAGUUGAGAAUCGUUCACGCGAACUGGUCAUGAAUCGUCGCUGGGUCCAAGCUACAUUCCGUCGAUCAAAUGCCAACAAAAGCCCUUGUGAUAGUGCCAAAUUAGACCAAUCUGAACAACAGAAUAACAUCCAGCCUAAAUCUGAGGAGCAAGAAAGAAAAAAGAUCGUCGAUGAUACCGACAUUGACAUAUCCGAUGGUCUUGCGAUGGAAAUGUUCGAAGCCUCCCCAUCAAGUCAUGAGAUAUAUGUGGUUCAGCUUAGGAAUUCGGCUUUCGAAAUCAAACUUUUGUCGAAAGAGUAUCAACAUACUUGCAAAUCUACCGGAUUGAUGCUAUGGGAAUCUGCUCGGCUUAUGGCUUCUGUUCUUGACAGGAACCAAAACAUUGUUUCCGGAAAACGGGUUUUGGAAUUGGGUUGUGGCUGCACAGGGAUUUGCUCGAUGGUAGCCGCGAGAUCCGCUAGCCUCGUGGUAGCUACCGAUGCAGACACAAAGGCGCUUACGCUAUUAACAGAGAACGUCACAACGAAUCUUGAAUCUUCUUUACUUGGGAAACUGAAAACAGGUGUUCUUGAAUGGGGUAACAAAGAACAUAUAGACGGUAUUAAAGGGUUGGCUUGUGGAGGAUUUGAUGUUAUCAUUGGCACAGAUGUUACCUAUGUAGCUGAAGCAAUCAUACCUUUGUUUCAAACCGCAAAAGAGUUGAUGGGAGACUCAGAGGUUCAAGAAAAGCCGGUAUUGAUUCUAUGCCAUGUUUUCAGAAAGGUUGAUGAAGGUUCUCUCUUGUCAGCUGCUUCUUUGUUUGGAUUUAAGCUUGCAGAUAGAUGGUCUGUAAAUUCCAGGGAAUUUCCUAUUGGGAACAUCAUUGAUCGUUGGUUUUCGGAAAAAGAUUUGGUCGCGGAGAUCCCGAGCUCUGCGUUGCAUAUUCUGUACUUUCAGAUAGAGUAACCUAACCUUGGGGUGGAGGAAAUGUGGAUUAUAUGGCAGGUUUUUGUGGUUUGAGCUUUGAAUCUUUAUCAAUGAAUGUUCUAAAUAUGUUCCUAAUCAGUGUGGAUUGCGUUGAGUGGUCUUAUUUUUGUUAUCUUGUAAGAAUAUGGCCAGUUUUUUUUUUAAAAAAAUUUUUUCUACAAACAAUCAUAAAGUAAAUCAAGUUUG